CUGACGUCAUGAGGGCUACAAGGAAGAGAGCAACUGCCAGAGGGCGUAAAAAAACUGUAAAAAGUGACAAGCUGGAAGCUUUCCUCAAAGACUUUGAUAGUGAAGUUAAGGCUAUUGUGGAAAGACUAAAAUCAAGGGCCAGCAGUCUCCUGAAAGAAGCUGAUAACUUUUACAACCUUGCCAUCAUCAAGCUUCCUGUGACCGUCAGAAAAAUGAAGUGGAUGGAUUAUUUUGCUGCAGGAGGAAACUUAAAAGCCUUAGAAGCAGUAGCAAAGACUGAGCUGGACCUCUCAGAAGUAACAAACAAUGCUGCUGAAGUUAAGAAGCCACCAAAAUCAACACUAAAAGCAGAUAAAAAGAAGGUUAGCACAGAAACAAUUUCAGAAGAGACAGAAAAUAUUCCACCAAUCAAGACAACCACUAAAAAGGGUAAAGCAACAACCAAAAAGGUUCCUCCAUCAACCAGAAAGCCCAGGGCUCUUUCUGUAAACCAAGCAGGUAGUGGCAUUAGAAAGUCUACCAGGAAAGUUUGCGCAACUCCAGCUGUAAAUGCACUGGAUUCAUCUUUUAUGGGACCCACACCCCUUAUUACUCCAAGGUUUAAUUCAAGACUUCCAAAAACUCCAGCAGUACGUAACCCAAGGCACAGAGAGCGUGUUUAUAGCAUUUCGGUGAAUGGCAGUCCAAUUGCUGGGAACAAUGAUCUUUUAAUUAAUAUACCAAUUGGAAAUGGAGAGAGUAUGCAGAUAUUAGCAAGUGAAAUGAAUGAGACUGAUCUGAGUCAGUUUGAUGAACAUGCAGUGCAGAAAAUUAAGUUGCUCUUGAGUCGUCUUUCUACUAUGUGUGGCAAGUCGUAGGCUCAAAGAUGAAGCUGAUGGCAUUUUAUUUUGUCCACUUGCAUUCUGACUCUUGCUCCCAGUAUUUUUCUUUAACUUUUUACUUUACAGUUGAAACUGCUUAAUUGCAUACAAUUUAUUGACAUUUAUUUAUUCUCUGACGCUGCUUUGUUACACACCACAAUCCGCUUCAUGUCCCAUCUUUAAGUGUCAUUUUUGUACACAGGAAUUUUUCUGUCAGGUGUCAACAUUUGUAAAAUAUUCAAGAUGACACCAAUAUCUAAAACUGGCUUGAGGAGGUGAUUAUUAUUAUUAAAACCUGUCAAGUUUACAUACCUGUGUUUCAUAAGCUUCAAUUGCAAUUGCUGUACCUUGCGUUAAAUUGAGUGAAUAGUAUGUCUAGUAAUUGAAUUUCUCUUAAGCUGCAUCUUCUGUAUUUUGUAAAUGAGUAAUACAAAGUAGCUCUGCAUUCCUUAUAUCCAAGGUGAUUUCUUUAUGAAACACCAGAUCAUUUUUAUUUUCUUAUUCAGUAUGUUUCAUUUGAUGAUGAUUAUUGUAAAUAUUAUGUUUAGUGACAACAGUAAGCUACUGGUUUUAAAUAAAUGGUUUCUAUCUGUA